AUGGACCCCAACUCAGUAUAUCAGCUCUUUGUUGCCACCUACCAUCCCGAUCCAAAUGUUCAUAAGCAAGCCGAAUUGACUAUACGAAAUAUUGAUGGCCAAAACGGUUUUCUGACCACUGUUCUACAUAUCCUUUCGAACCAAGAGACUGAACUUGGAGCACGUCAAGCAGCUGCCAUUUACUUCAAAAACAGAAUAAGUAAAGCAUGGGACACUUCCAGGAUAUCCCCUUCGGUGUCUCCGAUUGAUCCGGCAGAGCGAGUGGUCAUCAAGGAGCAACUGCUGAACGUUAUGACCAAGGUCCCGCAAGCUGUCAAAGUACAACUCACUGCGUCGCUCAAUACCAUCUUGACAUCUGAUUUUCCCGGCCAAUGGCCUGAUCUGGUUCAUCAGCUACAAGCAUCGUUAACUUCACAAGAUGCCGAUACCGUUUAUGUCGGGCUAUUAGCAUUAAGGGAGGUGGUGAAAAUAUACCAGUGGAAAUCUGUUGAUGGCCGAGAGCCGUUGCAGCAGGCUGUGAAGCUCCUGUUUCCAACUGUACAAACUACAGUUUCCAAUCUUGUGAAUCAACAAAGCGAAGAGGCAGCUGAGAUGUUGAAACUAGCUCUCAAGUCAUAUUACGGUGCUAUUCAGGCAAGUUUUUCGGAUUUUCCUAAAACGUUACAAGACCCAGCCUCCCUGGUAGCAUGGGGUACUUUGUUUUUACAACUGGUAGACAAGAAGGUUGAGAAUGAGAUGACCAUAUCCGAAGACGAGAGAGAGAGGAUGUUGUGGUGGAAGGCUAAAAAGUGGGCGUACCAUUGCUUGAACCGAAUUUUCACUCGCUAUGGUAACCCAACACUGCUCCCAGGGAGCAACACAAAAUACAUGGGGUUCGCCAAGCACUUUGUUGCAAACUUUGCCCCAGAUAUCUUGCAUGCCUACCUCAAGCAAGUGGAUACUUGGGUCAAAAAGGAGGUUUGGCUAUCGAGCAAAUGCAUGGCUUUGAUUGCUGCUUUUCUUACCGAUUGCAUAAAAAACAAAACCAUGUGGCAAUUGGUCAAACCGCACAGCGAAUCGCUGAUAGCCUACUUCAUCUUCCCUCAAAUGUGCUUUUCAGAUUCGGACGCUGAACUGUGGUCAGAAGACCCUGUAGAGUUCGUUCACAAGAAAAUAGAUCCCCUUGAAGAUUUCCACUCAGCACAGAUGCAUGCCAGUAAUCUGCUGAUAGAUAUGGCAAGGCACAGACGAAAGCAGACCUUCAUGACAAUCUUGACCUUUACCAAUGAACUCUUGACCAAAUAUUUAACAACUGCUCCCGAGCUUCGCAACGGAAAGGAAAAGGAUGGCGCUUUGAACAUUGUCGGUUGUCUUUCAAAUGAAAUUUUGUCAAAGCAAACGGUCGCAUCCAUGAUGGAGCCUUUCUUUGUCGCACACGUAUUUCCCGAGUUCAACAGUCCAUUCCCAUUCUUAAGAGCCAGAGCUUGCAGUAUUACUCGUCAGUUUAGCGAUUUCGACUUUGCUAGUGAAGAAAAUUUAUCCAUCUUGUACAAUAGCCUACUUGGUUGUUUGAAGGAUAAUGAGCUUCCUGUCAAAGUGCAUGCUGCAUUAGCGCUUCAGCCAAUGAUCAGACAUGAAAUUGUACGAGACGCCAUGGUACCAAACUUGCCUUUCAUCAUGCAAGAACUUCUGAACUUGACAAACGAGAUUGACGCGGACGUGCUUGCUAAUGUGAUGGAGGAAUUCGUUGAAAUUUUUGCUGAACAAUUGGUGCCUUUUGCCGUUCAGCUCUGUACCCAGUUGAGAGAUACGUUCUUGCGCAUCAUGGAGGAUGUUUCGCAAGCACAAAAGGAUAUCACCGAGGAAGACGUAUUGUCUGGAUCAAUCAAUACAGACGGCGUAGCUGACAAGAUCAUGGCUGCUAUGGGUGUGCUCAAGACUAUUGGUACCCUUAUUCUCAGUCUUCAAAGUACUCCCGAAAUGCUCAGUCAAUUGGAAACAGUGCUACAGCCUGUCAUCUCCUAUACUCUUGAAAAUUCUAUCAUCGAUUUAUAUGACGAGAUAUUUGAGAUCAUCGAUUCUUGCACAUUUUCAGCAAAGACCAUUAGUGAACCAAUGUGGAAUGUACUCGGCCUUAUUUACAAGGCUUUCAAGACCUCGGCUGUUGACUUUAUGGAUGAAAUGCUUCCGUGCCUUGAUAAUUAUAUUUCAUACGGCCAUCAAGUCAUUUGCUCAAGCCAAGAGCAUCAAGCCAUGAUGUAUGACAUUAUUGAAACGGUCAUGAACAGCGAUCGCUUGGGCGAGAGUGAUCGGGUGUGCGCGUGCAAACUCAUUGAAUCUAUGCUACUCAACUGUCGCGGCCACAUCGACUCCUACAUCCCACCGUUCCUAAACCUUGCUUUCCAAUUCAUAUUUGCCAAUUCCAUGAAGACGGUCGAAUUCCGCGUGCACUGCCUCGAAGUGGUCAUCAACAGUCUCCACUACAAUCCGGCACUUACCAUUCGACUCCUAGAAGAGAACCAAUGGAUUAAAGGAUUCUUUAGUCUUUGGUUCCAGACUGUACCAAAAUUCUCCAGAGUACAUGACAAGAAGCUGAUCGUAGUAUCACUUUGUGCGAUAUUGGACAUGCCAUUUGACCAAGUACCCACUUCUCUCCGAGAUGGAUGGCCCAGUAUGUUGGAUGCUAUCAUCACUGCAUUCCAAACGCUUCCUAAAGCUAUUCAAAAUCGAGAAGAGAUGGAGCGCUAUUACACUGGAGAUAUUCCUGACGAUGAGGCUUCGGAAGCCACGGCGGAUACCACAGAUGAAAAUAGCACCGACAACGGCGAGGAUGACAAUGAAGACGACGAUGUGGAGGAUGAGGAUGCCGAGUACCUUGAGUUCCUUGCCCAGCAAGCCAAUGGGGCUGCAAGUCAGGCGACGGAUGACGAGGAGGAGGAAGAAGAGAUUGGAGAAGAGAUUUUGUUUGAGUCUCCCCUUGACAAUGUCGAUCCAUAUAUCACCUUUGCACAUGCAUUCAAAAAUUUACAGCAAACCCAAGCACAGUCAUACACUCUAUUGACAUCCAGUCUCAACAUUGAGCAGCAGCAGCAAUUGAUGGAUAUUCUAUCCACUGCAGAACAACAUGGACAAGCACAACAAUUGGCAUAA